CGCAUACCAGCAAACAGCUGUUUCGCAAUGGAUUGUGGUCACACUGACCAAUGCUCAAAACAAAACGUAAUUCGCAAUUUAUUUAAAAGUGAAAAGCUGGAAAGUAAUUAAUUUAACUACCCAACAGCAGCAUGGCCGAUGCCAAUGCAAUGGCCACAGAAAAAUUGCCGGCUUGCGAAAAGCGAGUGCAUCACAUUGGGGACUUGGCGCUCUGGCAGCGUUCUCGGGCCUAUCACGAUUUAAUUGGCUAUAUCAACGGUACCAGCUCGGCGAUACAAGGCAUUAAGACCACCGAUGAAGUGUUUGAAUCGGAUAUAUUGCGUAAAUUACUGGGAAUCUUUGAUGCCCUGUCCAAGAUAAUGGAGCAACAUCCCCCACUGGAGCAACCACAACGGUUUGGCAACAAAGCCUACAGAGAUUGGGCAGCCAACAUGCGGGAGCAGUUGCCCACACUCCUGAUUGAAGUGUUGCCCGCCGCCAAACAUAAACAUCUGCAUGAAUUGCUGCAGUAUUUAAUGGAAGCGUUCGGCAAUGCAACACGUAUUGAUUAUGGCACUGGACACGAGCUGAGCUUUCUGUUCUUCCUGUGUGCACUGUUCAAGGCGGAGAUUCUCGGCGAGCAGGACAUUGUAAGCACAGCACUACGUCUGUUUAAUCGGUAUUUGGAGUUUGUGCGGCAAUUGCAGCGCAAUUACAACAUGGAGCCAGCUGGAAGUCAAGGAGUUUGGUCGCUGGACGACUUUCAGUUUGUGCCGUUUAUCUGGGGCAGCGCACAGUUGGCAGUCAAGAGUCCCUUUGAUCCGGCCAAAUUUGUAGAUGAGCAGAUCAUCAAUGAUUUUAGCGAGCAUUACAUGUUCAUCAGCUGCAUUGAUUACAUCUGCAAGGUGAAGACUGGCCACUUUGGCGAGCACUCCAAUCAACUGUGGAGCAUCACCGCAGUGCCGUCCUGGGUCAAAAUCAAUCAAGGGCUUGUUAAAAUGUAUCAAAAAGAGAUACUGUCCAAGUUUCCUGUCAUACAGCAUGUUUACUUUGGCGAACUGAUGUCCUUUGAGUCCGUUGCUGCCGGCACCGCUUUGAGCAACGCUCGCUUGGGUCAUGUGGCACCUCCGCCCUCCAAGCGUAUUUGCAUUGGCACGCCGCCUGUGAAUCUGGCCACCAAUCUUGUGCCACCAAUGCCGCUUGUGGCGCCAGCACCGCCGCCAGCUGAGGCGAUAAACCCCGAUCUGAAUGUGGGCGAUUCCAGCAGCGAGAGCAGCGAUAACAGCGUCGUUUUACGUCCCACUUCAGCACAGGCUUCGCCUGAAGGAUCUGGCGAUAAGUCAGCAGUCAGUCAGACGGUUGGUGAUGCGUCGGGAGCCAAGGAACAGCAGGCGCAUUAGAUGUGUGAAGGUAGUCUGUUAAAAAUUCUUAGUAGUUGCGUUGAAACAUUCGAUUAAACUGUAUGCUAACUUUAUAAA